UGCGGGAGUCACGCAUGCGCACUGACCACAAGCGGCCGGUCUUUAAAAAAAGGAAUCCUUAUGCCAACCGAUGUAAUCAAGGCGAAGAAUUAUCUCUUAUCUCUGGGCAUACAUGGUGAAAUUCCCAUGGGAUCAGAGAGGAUGGAGAUGCGAAAGAGGCAGAUGUCGGGGCAGCAGGAGCUGGUGGCGGGAGGCACAACGACGGGAACGACGCCAGCCCAAAAUGAGCAGGCUGGUCAGGGUGAGCGUCCCUCAAAUGCCUGCUGUUUCUGCUGGUGCUGCUGCUGUAGCUGCUCAUGUCUCACUGUUAGGAAUGAAGACAGGGAGGAGAGGAACCGGAAAGCCUCGCACGACGUCAAAGCUGAGGACCCUGGUGACUGUGAGGAGAGUCCAAAGCCCACUAUGGAUGAAAUGUGCUCAUGGGGGCAAUCCUUUGACAAGCUGAUGCAUUGCCCUGUUGGACGUUGCGCCUUCCGGCAAUUUCUGCGCACAGAGUUCAGUGAGGAAAACCUGCUCUUCUGGCUAGCUUGUGAAGAGUUCAGCAAGGAGACCAACAAAAGCAUCAUCAAGGAGAAGGCUCUCCUCAUAUAUGAGGAUUACAUUUCCAUCCUCUCACCCAAAGAGGUGAGCCUGGAUUCACGUGUCCGGGAGGUAAUAAACAGGAACAUGCUGGAGCCCACUUCUCACACAUUUGAUGAUGCCCAGCUCCAGAUUUACACGUUAAUGCAAAGAGACUCAUACCCACGCUUCAUGAACUCCCCUGUCUACAAAAACCUCCUCAAGAGCGUCUCGGAGCAAUGUCCCGAAUCGUAAAAUCUCUGUGAUCCCACUCGAAUUCUCCCUUCCCUCUCCUCAUUUUGGGUUCAUUUUUCAUUACGUGGAGUUUGUUUAAAAGGACCUUACAGUGGGUCCUCCCAGGGAUUUUCCACAUUAGAGAUCUGUACCUGAACAAGACACUCAGGUGUCCAGCUCACUGGAAUUUUAAAACACUGUCUCAAAUCUCCUGAGGGCUCAAUACCACAAGUACUGCUACAAAUCAACAUAGCAAGAAGCUCCAAAGGAUUAUCAGUGCAUUUUCAUAUUUUUAAGACAAAUUAUCUAUUUAAUUUGUGUUUUGAAUUGUUUUAAUCACGUUAUUUAUUUAUUUUAUUUACUUUCAAAGAUGUGAUGCUCAAUGUGGGUUAUUUACAGUAUACACAUUAGAUAUAUUUAUGAAUUUAUAGUAUUUUUCUUCUUGUCUUAGAAUAUUUUAAGAAAAUGGAAUCAUGGGUACUAGACAAUACGGAUGAGAAUCAAAGAUCAAGUCAAGGCAACACAUCGGCUUUACUCAAAGGAAUCUGUGUGCUGUCCGAUAUUGUUUCAUGACCCGUUCGCGCUCAGAAUAGCUUAGCAUGUCUAAUUGGAAUAAGUCUUUCUUACUUAUUGUCAAAUCACUAUUAAAGCAGACAGUGAAACUUUUACAUUUCUGAUAAUAAAAAAAAGACAAAGUAAAACUGAAAUCGUAAAACGGCUUUAAAAUCGGUGGCUAUUAUAUUACACCCUACUACAAUGCAGUCUGUAGGUAAACACUCUAGUACUUGUAUUUCAGACUUGAUUAUUUUGAACCUUCUUGAUACUUGGUAGCAGUUGUGAUAUACCCUCUGAAAUCAAGUUCCAAUUAUUCUUUCUUUAAUACAAUCUUGACAAUUAAUGCCUCACCAAUCUAGAGCUGGUGAAGAACCAACUACACAACCAACUACCGAAUUCCUUUUAGGUAAUUAUUCUAUAGUUUUGUCUUCUUGACAUGACUUGACUCGGUUUACCUAACGUGGACAUUCAUUCAUUCAUUCAUUCAUUCAUUCAUUCAUUUCUGGACUUUAUGCUCCAAACCAAUGUUUUAUUUAAAAUCCUGGCAUUACCUGGUAAAAAACCUUCUAGUGUCCAGUUACCUCCAGACCUCACAUGAUGGCUAAUCUUAUAUCUUAAUCUUAUAUCCAAAACUGUGCAUCCUAGAAAGCAGGCUCAAAACUAUAGUAAUGUAAACUUAAGUAUUAAAAUAAUCAGAAUGACUUAUAGCUGUCUUGAGAUGUGUAUAAAAACUAUUUUAUCAAAUAUGUUUAGGUUUAGAUCAGCAUUUCGCAGUCCUUGGUCCUCAAGUUCCUUUGUGUUGUUAAUUAUGUUUUCUUUCUGACAUUUUUUCUUAGUUUCUACUACAGUUCACUCAACUCUCUAGCGAAUUAAAAAACCCUCCAUGAGGUAAAGACAUUGUAACACAGGGACACAUCGAGAGCAAGAUUUGGGAAAUCGGAUUCAGAUUCCCAGAUUUUGUCUAAACGGAUAAGUAUUUAGGACUCUUAUUUGUAGGUGACACCAAAACACCAAAGUAGCCAAAUUCAGUUAACUGUGGUAUUACUCGCUUAUUCUCUGAAAGCACUGACCAGAAUCGGUGGCCAAGUUUUUUUUUGUUGUUGUUGUUGUUUUUUUUUAAUAGUUUUGUAAAUUAUUUUGUUGCCUGACUAAUGUCGCUCAAAGACAACAUCCUCACUCGGGGAAGUGCCUUGACAUUCAAUUAUGUGACAUGUCUCUAAUGGCAAUAGUUGAAUCAAACUUUUGCCGCAGAAAUAGACUCUGGGCCUUUGAACAAUUUCUGAUGUGAUUUGUCCUGAUGUGACUUCUGAAAUUAAUUCUUGCACUUCAUUUGUGUGUAGGUUUGACCACAUAAUCCAUUUGUUUCCAUCGCUGAGAUCAUUACAUUUGAAUGAAGGAAGAGUUUCAGGAGAUUAGGAAGAGUUUCAGGAGAUUCAAAAAGUGUGAUUGAUCCGAGUCCAGACACACUUCUGCCAGUAUUUAAUACAUGAGGGUACUUCUGCUCAUCAUUUACUCAAUAUGUGCUCAAUAUGAACUGAUGGAUUCACCACAUAGAUCAACCUCAAUCUAAGUCAAUGGUUUUGAAGUGAUACUGCCUAUAUUUUUAUUUCUGCUUUUCUUUUAUUUGUUUCAUUGGUGUUGUGAAAAGUACGCAAGAGUGUUAUUUUCCAAUCAGUUUACAAAAAGAGUAUACAUUUUUAAAAUGAAUAAUAUCUGAAUGUUUACAGUAAUCUGUUUCUGUUUUACUCUGAAACUGAGAAAAAAAAAAUCUGUGGGCAUUUGAAAAUCUUUAAGAU